UCCCGGGCGGCCGGCGGCCACCGCCAGCGGGGCCAUGUCGCUGCUGCGGGACGUGUCGUUGCAGGACCCCCGGGAGCGCUUCGAGCUGCUGCAGCGGGUGGGCUCGGGCACCUACGGGGACGUGUACAAGGCCCGGGACACCGAGACUUCCGAGCUGGCUGCCGUGAAGAUCGUCAAAGUGGACCCGGGAGAUGACAUCAGCUCCCUCCAGCAGGAGCUCACCAUCCUCAAGGAGUGUCGGCACCCCAAUGUGGUCACUUACUUAGGCAGCUACCUCAGAAAUGACCGGUUGUGGAUCUGCAUGGAGUUCUGUGGAGGAGGAUCCCUGCAGGAGAUCUACCAGGCCACCGGGCCCCUGGAGGAAAAGCAGAUCGCCUACGUGUGCCGGGAGGCCCUGAAGGGCUUGCAUCACCUGCAUUCUCAGGGGAAGAUCCACAGGGACAUUAAGGGAGCCAACCUUCUUCUCACUCUCCAUGGAGAUGUCAAACUGGCUGACUUUGGUGUGUCUGGCGAGCUCACGGCGUCGGUGGCCAAGAGGAAGUCCUUCAUCGGGACGCCCUACUGGAUGGCCCCCGAGGUGGCCGCCGUGGAGCGCAAGGGGGGCUACAACGAGCUCUGCGACGUGUGGGCCGUCGGGAUCACCGCCAUCGAGCUGGCCGAGCUGCAGCCCCCGCUCUUCCACCUGCACCCCAUGAGGGCCUUGAUGCUGAUGUCCAAGAGCAGCUUCCAGCCGCCCAAGCUGAAGGAGAAGGCCUGCUGGUCCCAGAACUUCCACCAUUUCCUCAAGCUGGCCUUGACCAAGAACCCCAAGAAGAGGCCCCCGGCCGAGAAGCUGCUGCAGCACCCUUUCACCACCCAGACCCUCCCCCGGACCCUCCUCAUGCAGCUCCUGGACAAGCUCAAUGAUCCCCACCUGGGCAUCCCUGCUCCGGAGGAUUGUGACCUGGAGACCUACGACCUGUUUCCCGACACGAUCCGCUCCAGGGGCCAGCACAGCCAGGCGGAGAGGACGCCGUCGGAGAUCCAGUUUCACCAGGUGAAGUUUGGCGCCCCCAGGAGGAAGGAGACGGAGCCGCUGUGUGAGCCGUGGGAGGAGGAGUGGACGCUCUUGGGGAAGGAGGAGCUGGCCGGGAGUCUGCUGCAGUCGGUCCAAGAGGCCCUGGAGGAAAGGAGUCUGACCAUGAAGCCGGCUCUGGAGAGACAGGUCCUGGACUCCCCUGAGGACGGAACGGGAACCAUCAAGAGGUCGCCAUUCGGGGGGCCCGGACCCCCCGGACCUGCAGAAGUGACCCCCCCGAGUCUCCGCCAGCGCCCCCUGCCCCCAGGGACGCCGGACCUGCCUCUGGCCCGCCCCGAGACCCCGCCGCUGCUCUCCUCCGAGUGGGCCACCAUGAAGCGCAAGGAGGACACGGAGCGGUCCUGCUGUCGCGGCCUCCCGCCCACCCCCAAAGUCCACAUGGGCGCCUGCUUCUCCAAGGUCUUCAAUGGCUGCCCGCUCCAGAUCCACGCUGCCGUCACCUGGAUCCACCCGGUGACCAGAGACCAGUUCUUGGUGGUGGGGGCCGAGGAGGGGAUCUACACCCUCAACCUGCACGAGCUGCACGAGGACACGCUGGAGAAGCUGAUUCCCCAGCGCUGCUUCUGGCUCUACUGUGUCAACAACGUCCUCCUCUCCCUGUCAGGUAAGACCACCCACGUCUGGGCCCACGACCUGCCCGCGCUGUUCGAGCAGCGGCAGCAGCAGCGGCAGCGCCAGGCCCCCCUCUCCAUCCCCACCCAUCUGCUCACUCAGCGGAUCAUCCCCAGGCGCUUCGCCCUCUCUGUGAAGAUCGCGGACACCAGAGGCUGUCUCAAGUGCCGCGUGGUGCGCAACCCCUACACGGGGAGCACCUUCCUGCUGGCCGCCCUGCCCUCCAGCCUGCUGCUCCUGCAGUGGUAUGAGCCCCUGAAGAAGUUCCUGCUUCUCAAGAAUUUCAGCACAGUCCUGCCCAACCCCCUGGGGCUCCUGGAACCUCUGAUCCUGGAGGGGAAGGAGCUGCCUCAGGUGUGCGUGGGGGCCACGGGGCCCGGGGACCACGGCCUCGGCCUGCAGUUCCACAUCCUCCCGCUAGAAGCCGGCCCCAGCCCCGACUUCCUCAUCCCGCCCGAGGGGGCUCCGGGCGCUGCCCAGCAGGUGAUCCAGGUGGACCGGGACACGGUGCUGGUGUGCUUCGAACGCUGUGUCCGGACUGUCAACCUUCAGGGGGCCCCGACCGGCGCCCUGGCCCCAGAGCUCACCUUUGACUUUCCCAUUGAGACUGUGGUCUGCCUCCAGGACAGUGUGCUGGCUUUUUGGCAGCACGGCAUGCAGGGGCGGAGCCUGGAGACAAACGAGCUGACUCAGGAGAUCACGGACGAGACGAGGAUAUUCCAAGUGCUCGGGGCCCACAGAGAUAUCAUCCUGCAGAGCACCCCUACAGACAACCCCGGGGCCCACAGCAACCUCUACAUCCUCACCGGCCACCAGAGCAGCUACUGAGCCUUCCCUGCCCAGGCCCGGGCCCCGCGGGACGGCAGGAGGAGCCCCCGGGGAGGCGCCGGAUCGGCAGGGCCGGGGGCUCUGGAGGAGGCGGGGAGACGCGUGAUCCUGAGAUGUUUGUGGGGGCGGGGGCCGGGGACCCCCAUCCACCCCCUUGCAAUAACUGGACCGGACCAAGCUGCUGUGACUGUGCCCUCCGCCCCUGGGCUGCAGGCUCUCUCUUAGACUGCUGGGGCGCUGGCAUGGAACCGGAGAAAUGGGCUCGGCCCCCGGGGCAGGUGGUGCAGGGCUCCCCCUCCCCAUGGCCCAGGGAACGUGGUAUUUAACAGAUGCUAUAUUGGUAUUAAAGUCCACUUGUUUUC